AUGGGGAGCGACAGCGAGACGGAGAAGUCCGUUAAGGACAAGAAGAAGAUGAUGGCGCUGGCGCCCAUCUCCAAGCCCCUCGCUGGCAAGAAGCUGUGCAAGCGCACGCUAAAACUCGUCAGGAGAGGUAAGACUCGUCCCGUGGUAUCUAUUUGGCUGUGUUGUGGAUUUAAAUAGCUUAUUUAAAGAAGGUUAGGAGGACGUGGGAGGGAGGGGGAUUCGUUUCUGUGCUUACGACUGGCGGCGGAGGACCCUGAAACUAGCUGACUGGCGUCCGAGGGAAUAUGAGGGACGCGGCGAGGGAUCCUGCCUUUUAUUAACUUCCUACUUGACAUUUUUCACUUUAUUAUCCGUGAGUAUGAUGAUAUUUUAAUUUUUCUUGUUUAAAUCCUUUCAGCUGCCGAGUCCAAAUGCCUGAAGAGAGGUGUGAAGGAAGUGGUGAAAAGCAUCCGACGGGGUCACAAGGGGUGGGCUUCCUCUAUUCUCCCAAAUUUCCUUUUCGUCUGACGAGGUCUUUCAUAUUAUUAUGUUAUACUGAUUCAACACUCAUCCAAAGACUGGAUGCUGGUAUACACCUUUUCUAGCCCCUGGAUAACCAUGUAUAAAUAAUCUACGCAUUCUAAUUGCUCUCCAUGCCAGUGACAGUUUAUCUUAUCAGUGGGAUCUCAGUUUUCUCUCCUUUUUAUUUCGCUAACAUCCCGAGCUUUCGACGACCUGUGUGUUUUCUUUUCCAUGGAGCUUUGAUUCAUGCUGGUUCGCAAGCCCCACUAAAGUAAGAACAGUUCAAAACCAAAAAUUUGUCUGCUUGAGUGAUUAGACGGUAUAUAUAUACGCCAAGUGCAAGGAUUAGCCCACGCUACUCGAAGAAUUCAGAAUUUGGCUGCCUGGCGAUAUCCUCCGAAGAGCAAAAGGGCUAAUGUGACUUAACUUUUACGUUUUCCUGUGGAAAUUAAUGUACAGCUAAGAUAUUAUAUGUAGCUUUUGUUGGCUUUUGAUCAGAGCAAAUUCAGGAAGAAGGCUCUGAUCGAUUAUACUGUUUCAGAUUCGCUCUUCGUUUCUCAACAAGUACUUCUCUAAGAGGAAAGAGUCUGAAAUUUCUUUUUCUAUGGGUACAGACGGUUUUCGUCGGAAUAUUAGAGUAUCAUUCGUUCUUAUUGUUACAAAAAAAUCUAUAUCAUCUUUGGUGAUGAUUUAAUUUAUAGCUUUAAAAAAUUUAACAUUUUGUUACCCUGCUCAUCACCUAAAGACGUGCCAAAUGGUUACAUCACUUGUGACGAUUUCUUCAUAGAGAGAGCCAAUCUGUCUCAUUUGGUUUUAGCGUGCUUAAUCCUUUUUAAUGUUUUUUACUUACCCUCCUUUGAUGCCGAGGAAAUUAAUUGUUUCUAAGAAUAAAUUUCCAAGCAUCAUUAGAUCGCUUGCUCACCUAGUGACUUUCGCCUUUUUGAAUGGAAUUUAUCCUGAGCUUUAAACAUAUAAUGUUUUCAUUGUUUUGUUCGACUUUCUCCAUUCUCUGAUGCUCAGAGGUGCGGAUCCUCUUUUGGUCCAGCCAAAACUAGUCAAAAUUGUCUUUAUUGGAAAAAAAUUCUGAGAAGAUGGAGUUUUUGGCAUUUAUUUAUCUCAUAAUGGGACUUCGAAUCAGUCUUUCCGGUUUAUAUUAUAAGAUCCGUAAUUAUCAUCACAGUUGUCUGAUCCUUAUUUUUUAUGCAUCUAAUUUUGAGGGGCAGCUAGUCUUGAGCUCUGGUUAAUUUAUUGUUACUCAGGUUGUGUGUAAUAGCUGGGAACAUCUCUCCCAUUGAUGUGAUUACACACGUCCCAAUACUAUGUGAGGAGGCCGACAUCCCCUACGUUUACGUCCCUUCAAAGGAGGUGAACCUUUAGUUUUUCGGAAAUUUUUGCCCGUAUUAUUUCUUUUAUUUCUCUUCUGAUCUUGCUGUACAUCUGCUUCAGCAGAUCCUUGAGACUAUCCCUUUAGACAUAAUAAUUACGGCUAAACACCCAGGGAUGUGCAUUAGUUGGGUAAUCAUGUUUAUCAUAGUGUUUCGAAAAUUCAUGUUUCUCUCGUUUCAUUGUUUUCUCUCACUUUGAUAUGCUGUUUUUUAUCUUCUGCGGUGAAUCUUGAGAGCGGCCCUUUCACACGCUAUAACUUUUGAUAAUCACCCAGGAAUGUCUCUUAAUUGGGAUUACCAUUAUUUUAAUCUCAUCAAGUUAAAUUUGGGAUCUCAUUAAGAUAAUUCAAUGCCUAGAACAUGAAAAAUUCGAUUUGGGUACUGCAGAAAUCUAGGAAAUUUUGAUUUGCAUGAGCACUCAAGUUCUAAAUGUUUGAAUUGAAUAUCUGGCUUCAGAGUUUAUUCCCAAGCAGGUAUCGUUGUUUCCCCUCUCGUCUAAAUUCUUUCCCUUUGAUAGCUCAGCGCCUAGAACAGGAACAUUGAUCCAGGCAGAACGAGAAUCAAGCUGUGUGGAUUUGGAAAGUUCCCACCUCACCUACUUUCGUGCGUUAACUUUUGGUGGGUUUUGGUUUUCCUCGGCACAGGAUCUGGCCACUGCGGGGGCCACCAAGAGGCCCACCUGCUGCGUGCUGGUGAUGACCAAGCCGGCCAAAGGGGAGCUUGCCCAGGAGGAGCAGGAGAAGCUGAAGUCGGACUACGCGCAGGUGGCAUCAGAGGUGAAGGAUCUCGCGUCCUCUCUGUACUGA